UCUGCUCAUCCACUCUUUCUCUGGACUUUUGAAGACACACUGACCCAUCAGACAGCUGCCAUGAAGACUGCGCUCGCCCUUCUGCUGUUCAUCUCUCUGGCCUGCAACAGCCACGCCCUUAAAUGUCACACAUGUGUGGCGUCCAAUGACGACGACUGCAACCGGCAGGGCUCUACCUCCUGUCCUCAGUACGCUGACGCCUGCUCCACCAUCACUGGGCCCAACACCGUGAUGAAGUCGUGCACUUACAAGGCUUUCUGCGACAAAGCUCACGGCAGCAGCUCUGGAGCCAAGAUGGACUGUUGUUUUGGGGACGACUGCAAUGGGCCCCACAGGAGCCACAGCCACGGGAAACACAACAGUGCAGGGGCCCUGGCCUCCAGCCCCGUCGUACUGAUCACUGCCCUGCUGCUGCGCAUAGCCGUCAGCCAUCUGUAAACACUUUUACCUUUUAUUUUCCUCCAGGGAUUCAUCAUUUCUUCCUUUUGUGUUUUAAUUAUGUUUUCUGUCCAUCCACCUUUCCUUCUUUGUCCCUGUGCCCCUCAGAGAUUUUUAACCCAAGUAACAAAAAGGAUUUAAGUUGCAGAAAGUGGUUUAAAAAUUGGGUUGAAACAAAAAAAAGUAUAUUAUGAAUGUCUGGAUUUCUACUUGUGGCGGUGUAUUUUGAAGAAGCUGCAUUUCAGUGGUUUCCUUCAUUUUGUGUAAAUUUUAUAAUAUCAUCAAAGGCCUGACUAGUAAUUAUCUGCAGCAGUAGGUUCACUUUCAGGUGAUGUAAAUCUGUACAGCGACCUGUGAACUUGAGAGUGUUUGUGGUGAUGAA